CUUUUUUUCCCACCUCAAUCUCGCACGACGGUCCCCACCACGACAAACCCGACAGCGCCAAUGUCCCUCUUCAACGACAACCUGACCACGUCAGGCGCGGCGCCGCCGGCCAACGUCUUCAAAAUCCCGUCUUCGGCCUCGCCCACAGCGAAAAAACGAAAGCACAUCAAAACGUACGGCAAGCCGUCGAGCGCGAAAAAGCUUCUGCCCCCACCAGAUCGCGCGUCCCCAACAUCGCCCAUACCGGCAGAGCAGAAUGGCGACGUGAAGGAGCCGGCGGAAAAGUCAAACCGCCAGAAGCGCAAGGAGCUCAAAGCCGUGGCGUUUGGAAAGAGGGUGGAGGGGUUGAAGCAGACGGAUCCGAAAGAUGUUACGGUGAAGGAUGGUGGAGAUGACGCUGAGCGAAGGAAGCGCCUGCGAGAAGCGAUGGGCUCUGGCGCCACGGCGAAUACGGGGAAGAGACGGAAGCUCGCUGCACCCGCGACAGAGUUUCCGCUACUCAAUGGCACGGCAACACCACGAGUGCUGGACCUCAAGAGACGAGACGGGCCGAAGGUUUUCGACCGCAAGAAACGUGACGAGUCGUCGGCAUCCCCAGUGGCCGGAGCCGGCACCGCCGCACAGCUCCUGAAGCAACGUGAGCAACUGCCCAUCUGGCAGCACCGCGACGCCCUCCGUCAAUGUCUCCGUGACCGCAACGUCCUCGUCAUGCUCGGAGAAACUGGUUCCGGAAAGUCGACACAGAUUGGGCAGUUUCUUGUUGACGAGCCGUGGAUGAAGCGGGGUGGAUGUAUCGCGAUUACCCAGCCGCGACGAGUUGCGGCGAUCAAUCUUGCGCGACGUGUGGCGGCGGAGAUGGGUGUGCGCUUGGGAGAGGAGGUGGGAUAUUCGGUCAGAUUUGAGAAUAAAAGCUCGGAUAAGACGCGGAUCAAGUUCUUGACCGAUGGAAUGUUGCUUCAGGAGAUGCUCAGAGAUCCGCUACUUAAGAGGUAUUCUGCGGUGGUCGUCGAUGAGGCCCACGAGCGCACGGUGGGGACGGAUCUGGUCAUGGGAUUUUUGAGGAAAUUGGUGUACGGCGAGAGGCGCGGCAAGCUGAAGGUCGUCAUCAUGAGUGCUACGCUUGAGAUGGAGGCUAUGGCGAGGUUCUUUGAGGAGAAUAAGGGGGCUGGGAUUGAGCUGCCGGCUGAGGAGAUAGUGGAGGAGACCCCCGAGGCAAUGGAGACGACACCGACGAACAUUGAAGAACCAACCAAUGGCGAUGCGGAGAGCGACAAGAUGGCCAAAAAGAAGAAGAAGAAGAAAAAUAAGGGACAAUACAACCCAGCAGAUCUCAUCCGCUCCCGCACGCCCUCUCCCGUCCGGGAAGUGGUCAAAUCGCCAGAACCGGAAGCCGAUGGGAAGCUCGAAGGAGUGAUUGCUAAGGACGAGCGCGUGGCACCGUAUUUCGGGAGUGUUGCUGUCUUUGAGGUGCCCGGUCGGCAGUAUCCGGUCGUUAUGCACUACCUGGAGCAGCCGAUUCAGGAUUACCUUGAGGGGACGCUGAAGGCGGUGUUCAAGAUUCACUACGCCGAGCCGUUGCCGGGAGAUAUCUUGGUGUUUCUGACAGGUCAGGAGGAGAUUGAGACACUUAAGAGGACGAUUCAAGAAUAUGCGACGAAGUUAGAGGCGGGGGUUCCUAAGAUGCUUGUGCUCCCUCUCUACGCUCAUCUGCCACUGGCCCAACAGAGCAGGAUCUUCCUGCCUACCGGCGAGAGAGAUACCCGCAAAGUGAUCCUGUCCACCAACAUCGCCGAAACCUCCGUCACGGUACCAGGCGUGCGGUAUGUAGUUGAUUGUGGUAAAGCAAAGCUGAAGCAGUUCCGUCCGAAGCUGGGACUGGAGUCGCUUCUCGUGACGUCGAUCUCGCGGUCUUCGGCUCAACAAAGGGGAGGACGUGCGGGUCGUGAAGCUCCUGGAAAGUGCUACCGUCUCUUCACCGAGGACGCCUUCCACGAGCUCAAGGAGGCUACGAAACCAGAGAUUCUACGAACGGAUUUGGCACAUGCUAUUCUCACGCUCAAGGCCCGUGGCCAGGAUGAUGUGGUCAACUUCGACUACCUCUCACCCCCCAAAACGGAAAGCUUGAUGACUGCGUUAAACCAGCUCUACUCGCUCGGUGCCUUCAACGAAGGCGGCAAGAUUACCACCAUCGGUAAGAAGAUGGCCAAGCUUCCACUUGCCCCGCCCCUCGCACGUGUCCUUCUUGCCGCCGCCGAGUCCAACCUCUCCUGCCUUCCCGAGGUCGUCGACGUCAUCGCCGCGCUCUCAUCCGACAACUUGUUCCCGCAGCCCGCCAACGACGAAGACCGCGUCGCAAUGGAAGAAGUCCACAAGGCCUUCCGGCGCAGCGAGGGCGAUCACAUCAUGCUCCUCGAGGUCGUCCGCGCCUACGACUUCACCAUGUCCUCCUCCUCAAACUCGACCAGCAUCAAGUCCUGGUGCGCCACCAACUACAUCUCUCUCCCCGCCUUCAAAAACCUCCUCGACAUCCGCAAGCAACUGCAACAAUACUGCAUCUCCCUAUCACUUGCGGACCCCUCCUUCUUCUCUUCCAUGUCCUUCGAUGUCAUCUCCCCCGACCUUGCCCAGCGCGUUCUCAAAUCGUUCCUGCGUGGGUACUUUCACCAAACUGCGAGAGCCGCCCCGGACGGGAGGGAGUACCUCACUGUUCUCGGACACCAGACAGUCGCCAUCCAUCCGGCGAGUAUUCUGUUUGGCCUGCGCAAAGAAGCGAUCGUGUAUCACGAAUAUGUGUACACGUCUCGUCCGUUUGCGAGGUGGUGCUCGGCGGUGCAGUUGGAUUGGGUUGCGGAGGCGGCGCCGGCGGGAGCUAGGGCGGAUGUUUAGAUCAGAGAUGGAU